CCUCUUAAAUUGCACUGUACAUUUGUUUGUGUAUGUGUUUUCCCAGGAGCUUUCGAUUCUAACUUACAGGCAACAUGAAGCUUUUGAUCUUUGGUGUGAUUCUGAUUGCUACACAUACUGGAGCCCAAGAUCUGGAAAAAAGGCCAGCUGUUUGUUACACUCAGUGGUUUGACCGGGACAAUCCCACUGGGAAUGGAGAUUAUGAAACCUUGAAAGACUUGAGAGCAGAGUAUCCAAAAAAGAUCUGUUCCAAACCUCUGACCAUUCAGGCUGCAACACUCACUGGAGUUCCUGCAGAAAGCAUUGGACAAGUGUUUCAAGUGUAUGACACAGUUCUUGGAUUUGCCUGUGUCAAUUCUCAACAAAAGAAUGACGAAUGCUGCUUGGACUAUAAGGUGCGUUUUGGAUGCCCAUGCCCUUGGCCCCCAAUCAAGCCUGAAGUGGAUACAGGCAACAUGAAGCUUUUGAUCUUUGGUGUGAUUCUGAUUGCUACACAUACUGGAGCCCAAGAUCUGGAAAAAAAGCCAGUUUGUUACACUCAGUGGUUUGACCGGGACAAUCCCAAUGGGAAUGGAGAUUAUGAAACCAUGAAAGACUUGAGAGCAGAGUAUCCAAAAAAGAUCUGCUCCAAACCUCUGACCAUUCAGGCUGCAACACUCACUGGAGUUCCUGCAGAAAGCAUUGGACAAGUGUUUCAAGUGUAUGACACAGUUCUUGGAUUUGUCUGUGUCAAUUCUCAACAAAAGAAUGGAGAAUGCUGCUUGGACUAUAAGGUGCGCUUUGGAUGCCCAUGCCCUUGGCCCCCAACUCAAGCCUGAAGUGGAUGUGAUCCCAGCCUAGAACGUUUACUUAGAUACUGCACACAUGCAUGCUUGUUUCUUCAGCCAUUUUAUUAAACAAUUUAAAAGGCUGUUUUUCUUUUAAAAAUGUCUAAAAUGUCACUGAGUAUAUCUUGUUUUUGAGAUGAUUAACUUUUUCACUUGUAUUCUUAGACACUUGGUGAUUAGGUUAUUGACUGUAGCAUGUUCUUUGUAUGCUUUUCUCAUUACAAAUUAAAGAAUGCAAACAUAUGGGAUUUAAAUCAUACUUUAUCUAGCCAGUUACUUUUCAAAACUAUAGUUUAAUUAAUAGAAGUGUCAG